CAAGGGUAAUCUUGGAAACUUCGUAUGCGCUCUAAACUCUAUUAAGAGUUUUUCUUUUUUAAUUUCGACGUUCAUAACUCUUUUUUCUUUUUCUAAAAAAUCAAAAUCCCUAAUUUCCCCCGCUGCUACUGCUAGGGUUUCUUUCUCUUCUCUCUCGCAACUCACCAGGUUUCUUUGGAGAAAAAAAGAAAUGUCUCGAGUUUACGUGGGUAACCUUGACCCACGAGUUUCGGAGCGAGAUCUUGAAGACGAGUUUCGUGUCUUUGGAGUUAUUCGAAGUGUGUGGGUUGCUAGAAGGCCACCAGGUUACGCUUUCAUUGACUUUGAUGAUCACAGAGACGCCGAGGAUGCAAUUCGUGAAUUAGAUGGCAAGAAUGGCUGGAGAGUUGAGCUUUCUCAUAAUUCUAGAGGCAGAGGAGGACGUGGAGGCGGAGGUGGAGGUGGUCGGGGACGGUCGGGUGGUUCUGAUUUGAAGUGCUACGAGUGUGGUGAGGCUGGUCAUUUUGCUCGAGAAUGUCGUACACGUGGUGGUUCCGGAAGACGUCGCAGCCGCAGCCCUAGAUAUCGUAGGAGCCCAAGCUAUGGGCGCAGAAGUUACAGUCCUCGUGGACGAUCCCCUAGGCGUCGUAGUCCCUCUCCUCGUGGUCGUAGCUACAGCAGGUCUCCACCAUACCGUGGUCGUGAGGAAUUGCCAUAUGCUAAUGGAAAUGGUGCAAGGGAACGCCGACGGAGCAGGAGUUAAGUGCUGCAAGGAUGUAACUCUUAUGUGAAGGGACUGAUUAAGUGUGUUUAGUUUGUUGACUUCAGUGCUACUGUUUUAAUUGGGCAACGCCCGCAGCAUCUUGGAUUUGGUUAAGUUACUUUCUGUUUUUCCUUAUUUCUAUGAUGGUUUUAUUUGCUUUAUCUAUGCUAAGUACUUUUUAUGCGUAGGGGGGAAAACUUAAUAUGACCUCUAUAAUUUUAUUGAGAAAUCAUUAAAGAAAUUCUGCUAAAAA